AAGCCGGAAAGACGACCUACUCCUGGGCCCGCCGGAGGAAGUGUCCAGGUCCCGGAGGGCGGGGUUUGCAGCCUUGGAUGUCGCCAUGACUACCGAGCCCGAGGACCCUGUGGCCCCCUUGGCUGCCGAGCCCGCGGUGCCGUCGCUUGUGGAUCGUUACUUUACUCGCUGGUACAAAGCGGAUGUCAAAGGAAAACCCAGUGAAGACCACUGUAUACUACAGCACUCUAACCGAAUAUGUGUCAUCACGUUAGCAGGAUCUCAUCCAGUUCUUCAAAGUGGAAAAACAAUUAAAAGCAUUUCUUAUCAAAUCAGUACCAACUGUAGCAGACUUCAGAACAAAGUCUCUGGGAAAUUUAAGCGGGGGGCACAGUUUCUCACAGAACUUGCACCACUGUGUAAGAUUUACUGCUCAGAUGGAGAAGAAUAUACCAUAUCUAGCUGUGUUAGAGGACGGUUGAUGGAAGUGAAUGAAAACAUUCUCCAUAAACCAUCUAUUCUUCAAGAGAAGCCAUCUACCGAAGGCUACAUUGCAGUUGUGUUGCCCAAAUUUGAAGAAAGUAGAAGCAUAACAGAAGGGUUAUUGACACAAAAGGAGUAUGAAGAAGUUGUGCUGAAACGCCUCAAAGCCACAACAGCUACCUCACAAGGGGCGAGGACUGAGGUGGAAUAAAAGCACCAUAGCAUCUUUGUCUUUACCCGGCCUGCCAGUCCAUGCACCAGGGAAGAACCAGCACGGGUGAAGCCGACUUCACACCCGCCAUCCGCAGGGAGGUUUUUUUUUUUCCCUUUAGUAAAGAUUUUCUCAUCAUUUUUAAUGGGAAACAACUAAAAUCUCAUGGAAACAGUCCGGUAGGGAAAUUUUUACUAUUGAGUUUUCAAAUCAUAUAUUUUUUUCUUCAAAAUCAGAAUAUAUUAUUUUGAUGUCUCACAGGUAGGUCCUGAUAUAGAUUUGAUCUGCCUGUAGAUAAUACAGAGGACUAAUAAUAGAGAAUUUAGAUACAAAUUCAGCAGCACCUUUCCUUAGUUCUCUAGUUAUACUCCUGUCCAACUCCCGCCACAUCUUGGUCAAGUAAGUCUCUAAGCUGUCAUCUGAAUGGUGUGGAAUUGAGGGAGAAAAUCCUAUGUUUGCUCUUCAAAUAAUAUUUGCAUUGAACCCUGAAGUAGGACUGAAAUUUCCAACAGAAGAGAGCUCCAAACUGGCGUGCUGCCAGGAGUGCUGAGUAAAGAUCUGUUCUGCUGCUUCUCCACCUCGUUUGGUGCUGAUCUCUGCCAGCCUCUCAUUAGUCUUGUCUCGUUUCUUUUCCAGUGACUUUCUAACUUUUAGUUCCUCUAGGUAGUGUUGCUUAUAUUUUUCCAACGCUGCUUUAUUAGAAUCUUGAAAAGCUUUCAUCUUGGAGAGUUCAGAUCCCAAGUCUUUAAUUCUGAGUUCCAUCUGACUUCUUAUGGAAGCAAUAUGCUCCUCUUGGAACUGCUGUAAAUUUCCUUCAGAUGCUGCUUGUAUCCCUCCGGCUGCUCCUCGCCGGCCCGGCUCACUGCUCACCCGCCGCCCUCGCCCCACUGCGCCGGGCCGGGCUGCCCGCUCUCACAGCCCCCGACGCCGGCACGCAGAGGCCCGAUCUUAAACCUGACCAAGUCUUCCUUCUUUGUCUUGCCUAACAAGCCUCAAUUCUGUCUUCAGCCUCCCAGAUCUGACUGCCCCGUGCUCACUGUUCUUCUCUUGCUUUUAGCUUUCUAACAACUGGCAAGCAAGAGAUGUUUUUCUGGUUAAAACCAACAAACAAAGCAUUUUGAGGAAAAAUUUACUCAUCAUCCUGUAGCCCACUAAUAACUACUAUGUUUUGACAUAAUUGUUUGAAUGUUAUGGCAUGGUAAUUGUUUUUGCCUCAAUUGUACGUCAUUUUGAAGCUGAAAAACAACUAGCCUUUCUUCCCCAACCUGCUUCAGUGUGACACCACCGAAAUGUCUGAGCUCACUUAGGUUGCCAAGAAGAGGCAAGGGUGUGUAGUUUGCCUUCUCUGUUCUACAGGUUGGCCUUCAGCUCUGAACAAUGUAGCAUGUAACGCUGGCUUCUUAAUGCGGGACACAUGAAAAGGCUUUGCAAGGGGCUUUGAUAACAUGGAAGUAUUACCAUGUGGUGUUAAGUAACACGUGUAUUUGUGGUCACUCAAUCUCACACUUCAGUUACAAGAUAACCAGUGAAGAAGUUCCUAUAAUUCAAAGACACGGAUGCCUCUGAACAGAAAAAAAGCUUUCAUAUUUAAAGAAACAAAAAUCUAUGAAUUUAUGGUUUAAGAUGAUAUAUUCACAAUGAAUUUCAAAUAGAAGGGCUUUUUAAAUUGUUAUUUUUCCUUAAGGGCUGCAACGCAUACAAACAUACAAAUACUUGUUUUUAAAUAAAAGUUAUUGAUGUGUAAAU